GUGGUCGAGAGAUCAGUUAUUGGGACCCAAUGUGGACAACUGAUUCGUGACACCCCAUGCAUAGGAUUUAAUUUUUGAUGGGUUUCAGGCCUCUAAAUGAUGGCAUUCAUGGCUGCCAUUAAGCUCUGCAUCAGAAUACCCCAUUGCCAGUUGAAGAAGAAGAAGAAAGAAAGAAAGAAAGAAGAAUCCGUUGCUGAGGCGAGCCGGGUCUUUUUUUCUUUUUGUGUGUUGAAUCUUCGAUAUAUCAAACACCCAGAAGGAGAUUUGGUUUGUGUUUUGUGGGUUUGAACAGGUGAAAUGGAGGGGACGGAGGGAAGGGAAGAUCGAUCUUUGGCUGAAACCCCGACAUGGGCGUUUGCAACUGUUGUUGCUGUCAUGGUUGCUUUUGGGUUCUUCUUCCACUUUUCUUUGAAGCAUUUUAAAAAGUGGUUGGAAAAGACCAAGAGGAAAUCUCUACUCGCUGCUCUGGAGAAGAUGAAGGACGAGCUAAUGCUUUUUGGGCUUUUAUCUCUGCUGAUGGGUCAUUGGACUCUUUUUGUGGCCAAGAUUUGUGUCAAAACAUCAGUUUUGAGCAGCCGAUUCUAUCCCUGUGUAUUAGAAAGUGAUAUUAAACCCCUUGAGCACAUUAUCGUUUCAGAUUCAAAUUAUUUUAAUGACUCAGCUUUCCCAGAUGAGCUGACUACCAGGCACAACUAUUGUCCCAAGGGUCAAGAAUCUUUUGCUUCAUAUGAAAGCCUUGAGCAGCUUCAUCGUCUAUUAUUUGUUCUAGGUGUUAUCCAUGUCUCUUACAGCUUCGUUACCAUUGCCCUGGCCAUGAUUAAGAUUUAUAGCUGGAGAAGAUGGGAAGAUCAAGCAAAGUCAAUAGCCAUUCAGGGCCUACAAGGUUCUUAUGGAGCUGCCCCGAACAGUAUAAGAAUGAGGCGACUAUCUACUUUCAUUUUUCACCAUACAUCCCAUCCAUGGAGCCAACAUAGAGUUUUUGUUUGGUUGCUUUGUUUCAGCCGCCAGUUUUGGAGUUCUAUAAAUCGAGCAGACUACAUGGCUUUGCGCUUGGGCUUCAUAACUACACAUGGACUUCAUUUGUCAUAUGACUUCCACAACUAUAUGCUCCGAAGCAUGGAGGAAGAAUUUCGGGAUAUCGUUGGCAUUAGUGUGCCUCUCUGGAUUUAUGCCAUUUCAUGCAUUUUCCUAAAUUUUCAUGGAACCAAUGUUUACUAUUGGCUUUCCUUCCUUCCAGCAAUUUUAAUCCUGCUAGUUGGCACAAAGCUGCACCGCAUAGUGGUAAAGUUGGCAGUUGAAAUCAUGGAUACAUCUCCACAGUUGGGAAAUCAUCAAGUAAAACUGAGGGAUGAGCUCUUCUGGUUUGGGAGGCCCAAGCUCCUUCUGUGGUUAAUACAAUUGAUAUCAUUCCAGAAUGCAUUUGAGAUGUCAACAUUCAUCUGGUCACUGUGGGAAAUUAGAGGACCUUCCUGUUUCAUGGAGAAUCGUAACUUUGCUGUUAUCCGCUUGAUAUUUGGGGUUGUCUCCCAGUUUUGGUGUAGCUUUAUCACAUUCCCACUCUAUGUUAUCAUUACACAGAUGGGCUCCAGGUUCAAGAAAACUAUAAUGUCUGAAAAUGUAAGAAAAUCACUCCAUGGAUGGCAGAGGAGGGUAAAGGCCAGACACAGCGGUGCCCCUUUUCCACUCCUCACUGCAACAUCAACAUCGUCCCUGUCAUCCUUGUGCCCUUUAGAGGAUGAGAUGGACAGAACUGAUCAUGGUGCCUCAAGCAGCAAGGAGGGAAGCUACUCAAUACUCGAAGACACCUCAACUCCAUACCAACCAGUCUCUCUAGCACAAAGUCCAAGUUUUGAAGUCUCACCAAGCAACAAGUCACUGGUCCCAUUGCAUUGUGAUCCAAUCCAUGACAGUUAUCACAGUGACGAGGAGGAGGAUCAAAAAUGAUAAUGGCAACCAUAUAGCAGAUGAUUCCCCUCUUCUUCCACCUUCUUGAACCUCUUUACUGUUGCUUGUAUUUUGUUUUGUUUGGCUUUCUUCUGUUUGUUUCUUUUUCUGUUUUCUGGCUUUUCUUGGGGGGUGGAGACAAAAGUUUUCUAUUGAGCAGCUGCUGUUGAACAUCCUAUGAAUUGCUUAAAGAAAAUUAAUUACUUAAUUAUUAAAAUUAUA